AUGCACAUCAUCUCUGAAUAUCGAGAGCUCCUCUCAAUUUCUGUGGUGAUAGAGAUAGCCCUAUGCGCGACUUUGGGACAUAAUUUGUGGUCUGUUAUAUAUAACGUCUACUUCAAUCCACUGAGGAAGGUACCUGGACCUUUCUUGUGGUCAAUAUCGCCCAUCCCACUCCUCUUGAUGUCAUGGUCUAGCACACCACAUAAACGAAUACUCGAACUGCAUCAAAAAUACGGAGACGUCGUCCGCACAAGCCCAAACUCAGUUUCAUGUCUACAUGCAACAGCAUGGAAAGAAGUCUACGGGCAUCGCAAGCCCGGUCAGUUGGAGAACCUCAAACACCCAGGUUUCGUAGCCGAAGUAGCCUCAGGCAUCAUCGCCGCUGACACAGAGUCUCAUACGUACCAGCGCCAUCUGCUAGCUCCAGCGUUUUCUGUACAGGGCAUGCAGCGCCAGGAGCCUCUUAUUCGCCGUCACGUCGACCGCCUCUUCAGCUGCCUUGAAGAGCAUUGCUCCGAAGGGCGAUCUCUUGAUCUGGCCAAGUGGUUCAACUUCUUCUCUUUUGAUGUGAUUGGUGAUCUCAGCUUCGGUGAAUCUUUUGGGAAUAUGGAACGCAAAGAAUUCCAUCCGUGGAUCGCGACGAUCAUGGAGUUUUUUGUUGCGCAGCACGACAUGGCGCAUUUUCGGCGGGCAUACCCAUUGCUAGAGGCGAUGUUGGACCCGGUUGUCAAGGCUUUUGCUGCAAAUAUUAUUGUGAAACAUGAUGUGUUUAUGAGGACUCAGAUCGAGAAGCGCUUGGCGCUUGAGCCCAGUCGAGAGGACUUCAUUGAUGUUAUCAAACCCGACCAUGCUCGAGGAAAACAAGGCCUUUCCCUUGAAGCAAUAUGCCAUAAUGCGAGCAUCUUCGUCGUAGCCGGAUCUGAAACGACUGCAAUCGCACUCGCAGGGGCCACUUACCUACUCUGCAGCCACCCUAGGAUACUCGCGAAGCUCAAAGAAGAGAUUGACUCAUCUUUCGAUAGCGAAGAGAAGAUCACACUCAUGAGCGUGAAGCGACUCAAAUAUCUUGCAGCUGUCCUAGAAGAGACACUGCGUAUCUACCCGGCUGCUGUAGGCUCUGUUCCACGACUAAUUCAGCGGCAUGGUGAGGUCGUCGGCGGGUAUUUUCUGCCUGGUGGGACAAACGUGGAUAUUUGGCAUUGGGCAAUGUAUCAUAACCCAGCCAACUUCACGGAGCCGGAGGUCUUCGCUCCUGAGCGUUGGCUUGGAGAUCCUCGCUUCAAAGGUGAUAAAAAAGCAGCAUUCCAGCCCUUCUCAACAGGGAAACGUAACUGUAUCGGCCAGAAUUUGGCAUAUUCGGAGAUAAAGCAAAUAAUGACUCGACUACUGUGGAAGUACAAUGUCGAGCUUGUAGACCGCGAGUGGCUGGAGAGACCAUGGCAUGAUCAGCGUGUGCGCGCUUCUUACGUGCAUCCUCCGUUGAAUGUUCGACUUACUCUCAGAUCAGAGAAGUUGAAGUCGGGCUAG